CAAAACUCAGAUUACCGUUGUAAUUAGGGCGUCUGGAAUUCAAAAUGUUUAUGGAAUUCUACUAUUUUCUGUCGGUGUGGAUCUCAAUCAAUGAAAGACAGCUUUUUUCUCGACUCCCGAAGACUGCUGUUUGUUAAUAUAAAUCGUAAUCAUGUCUGCCUUGUCGAAUAUUUUCAGCACCUCCAACGCGGGCUCCAUUAAUGAAAAUAAGUAGAAAGAAGAUGUCGUGCAAGAAACAAACUCUAACUGCAAAAAAUCUGACGGCAGCACAGUGACUCUGUAAAUAACUAAAAUGGCAAAUUGAAUUAUACCCAUGUCCGUCAAUUGUCAGAAACAUGCCGAUCGCCAAUGAGGGCGGCCACAGACACCAAAAUGCACACGUAACGCCUCCAUUACAUGCCUCUCUUCUGCAAAACUUGUACGUAAACAUAUUUUUUUCAUUGCGUCACCGUUUUCAAAGACCAAGGGAGUUAAUAAUGUAGUCUGUAACAGACCAAAAAAAAUCAGUAGGUUUUGCGAAUUUACGGGUUCCAGUCGCAGGAAGUACUGUUUCUGUUUCAGCGAAUGGCUGAGAAGGAAUCAGAUAGGUUUCCCUGGGAUGACGGUGCUUUUGAUAAUAAGUACUACUGUUACUCUGAUCUAUUAGGGGAUGCUGCUUUGAAGAGUGGGGAUUCGAUCCAGGGUCUCUUGCCUUCUGAAAGUGGGGCUUUUGGAUACAGCAGGGCGAGCAAUGUGGCAAUGGAGGCUGCAACUUCAUCAUCGGGAGGUUCGAUGAACAGUGCGAGUAAGGGAGCAGAAUUGGGCGUCAAGAGAUCUUUAAAGAAUUUGGAGGAUGCUGAGUGCCACUCUGAGGCCCAAGAGGAUUCUGGUGAUAAUUCCAAACAGCCUUUUACAUGUUCUUCCAAAAGAAGCAGGGCAGCUGAAGUUCAUAAUUUGUCAGAAAAGAGACGGAGGCACAGAAUCAAUGAAAAGAUGAAAGCCUUACAGAACCUCAUUCCCAACUCUAAUAAGACUGAUAAGGCGUCCAUGCUGGAUGAAGCGAUUGACUAUCUUAAGAAGCUUCAGUUGCAAGUGCAGAUUCUUUCUGCAAGAAGUGGAAUUGACAUUUCAUCUAUGUGCAUGCUAUCGGAGAUGCAACAAUUGCAGAUUCCUCAAAUACCCAAAACAUAUAUGAAUACAGGAUCUGCAGGAGUUUCCCUGGGCUUGGACAGGACAAUAGGGCUUGCAAACAUGACCCAAGGUCCUGCAAGGAGUCCAUUGUUAUCCUCUCCUGAUACACACCCUGAAAGCCUUCAUAAUAUGGCUAUGCCUAACUUGUCUUCAGCCGGGUUUGAUGUUCACACUUGCAUGCAAGACUCCAGCAAAAUGAAUCAAUUAACAAAUUCUGUUUUGCCACAAGUGCCAAGUUCUUCUCAGGAAAUCCAUUCUGCAUUUUUCUUGCAACACCACUAAACGGAGCUGUCCCAUUGUAGAGGCAUUUAACUUGAAGGAUUUUAUCGUGAUUACUGAAAUCUUUAUUUUAGUAUUAAUCCAAGGCAUCUGUCCUGCUCGUUUGCCACUCCCACUAAUGUGUUCCAAAAUAAACACUGAAAGAAAAGCACUGCAGGUUGCAAUUUUAUUUCCAAGUCUAGUAGAUCUGGGAACAUGUUUGUAUUUUAACAAGACCAUAAAAGCUUUUAAAUUCACUGAAAUUGUAAAAUUUUAGCUUAUAUAAGAAAAUUGAAACAAACCAUCUAUUUGUUGGAUUGCACAA